CGGAGGUCUUGCGGCCAUCUUCAUACCAAACGCUGUCAUGGCGUUCCUCGAAAUUGUCGAAUUGUCAUAAUACGCGCGGUAAUCAAUGUGCUCUUGACGAUCCAAAAUCAGAAAAAUAUCUGUUUAGUAUAAGGCAAUAGUUAAGUAAUUUGUGUGAGUACAUUUCUGUGUGUUAUAAUAAGUAAGGUAGCAACAUAAGUAGGUGAAGGGAGAGUGUAAAAGCACUGGAAAUUGGCAAACAAAGACGGGACACUUGGAAGAUACUUUGUCGAGGGGUGAGCCUCCAUUACGCUAAAACCCGUGUGUGCGUGUUGAGGAAGAUUACUUGGUGGCGUCCGAAGAUGGCAAAUGAGGAUUAUAAUGACGAGCGUGGAAAGUUGUUCGUUGGCGGCCUUUCCUGGGAAACGACGCAGGAGAACCUACAGAGUUACUUCACGCGCUUCGGCGAGGUGGUGGACUGCGUGGUGAUGAAGAACAAUGAGACCGGGCGAUCGCGUGGCUUUGGCUUCGUGACCUUCGCCGACCCGGCCAAUGUUGACAUAGCACUCCAGAACGGACCACAUGAGUUGGACGGGCGCACAAUUGACCCGAAGCCAUGCAACCCGCGCUACAUGUCGAAGCCGCAAAAGGGCGGCGGAUAUCCCAAAGUUUUUCUGGGCGGCCUUCCGGCCAACGCCACAGAGACGGAUUUGCGCACCUUCUUCGGUCGCUAUGGCAAGGUGAUGGAGGUGGUAAUUAUGUACGACCAGGAGCGCAAGAAGUCACGCGGCUUCGGCUUUCUCUCCUUCGAGGACGAGAGCUCCGUCGAGCGGGUGACUCAGAAGCACUACGUCAACCUCAACGGCAAGCAAGUGGAGGUGAAGAAGGCUGAGCCACGAGACGGCGGCUUCGGAGGACGUGGCGAUCGCGGCGGCCCGCGCCACAUGGGCCCCACCAAUGGCCAGAUGGGCGGCGGCCACCCCAUGUCGCAUCCGGGCGGCAUGCAGUACCAGCAGCAGGGCUGGGGCGGGCCUCCGCAGCAGCAGAACUACGGCGGCUACAAUUACGGAGCUCCGUCGGGGCCGCAGUCGUACCAAGGCUGGGGCGCUCCGCCUCCGCCACAGGGCCCUCCGCAGCAGCAGCAGUGGGGCGCUUCCUACUCGGCCGGGCCCACGCCCAACCAGCCCUACGGCGGCGGCUAUUCCGGUGGCUACGACAUGUAUGCCCAAACGGGCGCGCACAGCGCCAACUCGGGCAGCAGUUGGAACUACAACUCGUGGCCUCAGGGCGGCAGCGCCCCGACGCCACCCGGUGACCCUACUGGCGGGCCGGCAGUGGAGUACGCCGGCUAUGGCACGGGCGGAGGCGGCGGCGGCGGAGGCUACAAUGCCUUCGGCAACUACGGCACGGAUCAGAGCUCGUCGUACGGCCCCAUUCGCACCACGUACGACACCAAGAAGCAGGGCAUCGCGCAAACACCCUAUCAGCCGCCCCAUCUCCGCGCCCCCAAAUACAAUGCUUAAGCCCCUUGUGCAGCAUCUCCGGUUGAUACCAUCUUCCUGUACAUGAGACGCCCAUGUAGAACACUACCCCUCAAGCCGACUCCUCCACCUCCCGCUGCCCCGCCGCAACUGCAGGCGCCCCCUGAUUUAUGCCCCUCCCUCCCAUCCCCUUCCCCUGUUGGAUAAGAAACCACAAAGAGAUGUCUAAUGAUUUAUCUAAUAAGUAAAUUUUCAGAGAGAAGAGUAACAGAAAACAAGGUUUAAUAUUGAUUAUAAAUAUUGAGAAAUGAGCAUAAAAACAAGAGCUGGUAAGAGUAAGAAUAAAAAAAAGGUAAAUGAGAACUUCAAAUUUAUAAUUUUAUCAAAAGAAAUUGUAUUAAAAUAUAAUAAAUAUAAUCAGUAAGAUGGUCUAUAAUUACUUUUAAGACGCUAUCAUUCGCGACUGUGUCGAGAUGUUAAGAUGAGCAUAAGAAAAGAAAUUGAUAAAAGACUGAACCACGUUCAACGCAUACGAUUAAGACUUGGUUGUAAGGACAGGCACUAGACACUAAAAAGAAGAACCUUUACCCCCUAGAUGAUGAAUAAUUGUUAGUUUUAGUUAUUUUAAUUCGCAUAAUUUGUUUUCCGAACGUCAUAACUCAAGUUUGAUUUAUUUACACGUAAUCCUUCAAUGAUUUCUCUAAAGUAACUAGCCUUAACAAUUAUUUGUAAUCUUGUUUUUAAGAUACAAACACAAACCCUGCGAUCAGUGAUGAUAAAGUACGUGUAAGGUCUACGGUUUAUGCGCCAGUCUCACAUUUUUGUCGUGAAGAAAGUGUAUAAAUGCCUUUUGAUUUGGAACGAACGGACGAAAAGGUAGCGAUAAGGGAUCUUUAAGUAAUUAUUUGGUGCUCUAUUUGGAUAGAUGUUGAAAUUGCCUAGACUGUAAUGCAGUAUGACACUAUUUUGUAUGUUCAAAUGUUUGCAGAUUAUUUUGCUCUGGUCUUCACCGCAAUGGGAGAGAAGUUAUCCUUGUUUUUUGCCAUUUUAUAGAUGUGGUAGUUGUAUUCCAAGAAUUUCUGUUUUUAUCAUUUUAUGUAGUCUUGAUUUUGGGUAGUAAUAAACAGUAGAAAGAAAAACCAUGUGCAAGAUUCAUUCUGCGAAAUCCCAUGGUGAUAAAGAAAAAGUCUGGAGGCUUAGCUUAUAGAGAUCGUGAUAUUUCAAUAGUUUCUAAUCAUUGGCUAUGUUCCCUUUUGUUAAGAUGUAAGCUAAGAAAACGUCGAGUUAUGCUGCGCAUUAGGUUUAAAUUUGGGUAUUUAUACACGCGCCACAUUUUAUCAUCACUGAUGACGCCACUCUAGACUGAGUCUGUGGAUGAAAUUGCUUAUGCAAAUUGGUUUUCUUGGGAGAAAAGAAGUGUCUCAACAGCACUUCGCUGCUCACUCUUCGCGAUCAACACUCGAAUGUACAUCAUUUUUUCCACCAAUCCUCAUUUGUAAUAGGCUUAAUCAUUAUUCAGAUAAGUAUGUUAUUACAUUACUACCAUUAGUAAGUCGUAGUAUCGUACUAUAAGGCUUACAAUUUGUCCUAAUUUUCCCUUAUUUACCUCCCUCACAACUUGUCGUAAGAGCUGAUUUAAGGUCUCUACAUUUUUAGUGAUUUUGACAGUAAGUAAGUAAGACAAUUUGGUAUCAUAAGUGAAGGAAAUUUUUUAUACUUAACAUAUGACUGCAUGACUGUGAUAAAUUUUUGGAUUAAUUUGUUCUUAAAUGUUUUCCGCCCGAAUCUCUCUCACCGGACCACCACAACAACCACCCCAACAAGCCGACACUUGAGGCGAUUAAGUUUAAUUUAGUGGAAAAAAGAUCAAGUAAUUUCUAUAGAGCCGUACUGAUUAAUUUUAGUGUUCUCUUCUUAAGACAUGGCGCAAACUGGAA